CGGUGCCCGGCGGAGGAAGAUGGCGCCGUGAGCGGGUGGGAGCCGCCGCCGCCGCCGGCCGCUCGAGGGACAGCAUGGCUGCCACUGCCGCCGUCAGCCCCAGCGAGUACCUGCAGCCCGCCGCCUCCGCCGCCCAGGACUCGCAGCCCUCUCCCCUGGCGCUGCUGGCAGCCACGUGCAGCAAGAUCGGUCCCCCGGCCGUGGAAGCCGCCGCGGCGCCACCGGCGCCCGCCCAGCCCGCCCCUCGCAAACUGGUGCCCAUCAAACCCGCCCCGCUGCCCCUGGGCUCGGCCAAGGGCAGCAUCGGCAUCCUGUCCUCCAAGGGGAACCUCUUCCAGAUCCAGGGCUCCCAGGUGGGCGCCUCCUACGCCGGGGGGCAGCUGGUUUUCGCCAUCCAGAACGCGGCCGUGCUCAACAAAGGCUCGCGUUCCUCCUCCUCCUCCUCCUCGUCCUCCUCGUCGUCCUCCUCCUCGUCCUCCUCCAACAUCCAGUACCAGGCGGUGCCGCAGCUGCAGCCUGGCGGGGCUCAGACCAUCCAGGUGCAGCCUAACCAGAUCCAGAUCAUCCCGGGCACCAGCCAGGCCAUCCUCGCGCCCUCCUCUUCCUCGCACAAACCCGUGCCCAUCAAACCGGCCCCGGCGCAGAAAGCAGCGCCGCCGGCGGCAGGCGGCGUGGUCAAACUGCCCGCGGGCGGCAACGUCACCUUGACCCUGCCCGUCAACAACCUGGUGAGCCCCGAGGCGGGCGGGCAGGCCCAGCUGCUGACGGACAGCCCUUCCAAACCUGGCAAGAAACCUCGGAAAAAGGCCACGUCCCCAGCCCAGCCCGCCGCCGUGGCCGUGGCCGAGCAGGUGGAGACGGUGCUGAUCGAGACCACGGCGGAGAACAUCAUCCAGGCCGGCAACAACCUGCUGAUCGUGCAGAGCCCCGGCUCGGGGCAGCCGGCCGUGGUGCAGCAGGUGCAGGUGGUGCAGCCCAAGCAGGAGCAGCAGGUGGUGCAGAUCCCGCAGCAGGCGCUGCGCGUGGUGCAGGCGGCCUCGGCCACGCUGCCCACCGUGCCCCAGAAAUCCUCCCAGAACUUCCAGAUCCAGGCGGCCGAGCCCACCCCCACCCAGGUCUAUUUCAAGACCCCCUCCGGCGAGCUGCAGACCGUGGUGCUCCACGAGGCCUCGUCCAUCCCCAUGGUGCCGCCGUCGGGGACGUCGUGCGGCAGCCCCGUGCCGCGCAGCCCCGGGGCCGGCCCCGGCCGCAAGCCGGCCCCGCGCAAGGAGCGGCCGCUGCCCAAGAUCGCCCCGGCCGGGGGCAUCCUGAGCCUGAGCGCGGCGCAGCUGGCAGCGGCUGCCCAGGCCAUGCAGACCAUCAGCAUCAACGGCGUGCAGGUGCAGGGCGUCCCUGUCACCAUCACCAACAGCGGAGGCCAGCAGCAGCUGACGGUGCAGAACGUGUCCGGCAACAACGUGACCAUCAGCGGGCUGAGCCCCACCCAGAUCCAGCUGCAGAUGGAGCAGGCGUUAUCCGGGGACAUCCAGCCGGGCGAGAAGAGGAGGAGGAUGGCCUGUACCUGCCCCAACUGCAAGGACGGCGACAAGCGGCCGGGCGAUCCCGGGAAGAAGAAGCACAUCUGCCACAUCCCCGAGUGCGGGCGGACGUUCCGCAAGACGUCGCUGCUGCGGGCGCACGUGCGGCUGCACACGGGCGAGCGGCCCUUCGUGUGCAACUGGGUGUUCUGCGGCAAGCGCUUCACGCGCUCCGACGAGCUGCAGCGGCACGCGCGCACCCACACAGGUGACAAACGCUUCGAGUGCGCGCAGUGCCAGAAACGCUUCAUGCGCUCCGACCACCUGACCAAGCACUACAAAACCCACCUGGUCACCAAGAACUUGUAGGCUCUGCCAGAGCCCCCACCCCAAAAACGCCGAGCCCCGGAUCCGGGGCCGGCCGCGGCGCUCCGGGGAGGGACCCCCGGGGACGGCCCCCGGCCGCGCUGAGCACCCCGAAAAUCGGGCUGGGGGGCGGUGACCCUGGGAGCCCGCAGGUUUAGGGGGUGACCCAAAGCCCCCCCCGUGACCCCAAAAGGCUCAGGGGGUGCCCCAGACCCUCCCUGAGACCCAGAGCCCCCCCUGUGACCCCACAGAUUUAGGGGGUGCCCCAGACCCUCCCUGUGACCCCACAGGCUCAGGGGGUGCCCCAGAGCCUUCCCUGUGAUCCAAAGCCCCCCCUGUGACCCCACAGGCUCAGGGGGUGACCCAGAGCCCCCCCCCCCGUGACCCCCCAGAUUCAGGGGGGGCCCUAGAGCCCCCCCAGACCCCCCCUGUGACCCCACAGGCUCAGGGGGUGCCCCAGAGCCUUCCCUGUGACCCAGAGCCCCCCCCUGUGACCCCACAGAUUUAGGGGGUGCCCCAGAGCCUUCCCUGUGAUCCAAAAUCCCCCCUGUGACCCCACAGCCCCCCCCCAGACUCAUGGGGUGCCCCAGACCCUCCCUGUGACCCCACAGAUUUAGGGUUUGCCCCUGAGCCCCCCCCCUGUGACCCAAAGCCCCCCCCUGUGACCCCAAAGGCUUGUGGGGUCACCCAGAGCCUCCCCCAGAUUCAUGGGGUGCCCCAGACCCUCCCUGUGAGCCCACAGGUUUAGGGGGUGACCCUGUGACCCCAGGGGUUCAGGGGGUGCCCCAGACCCCCCCCUGUGACCCCACAGAUUUAUGGGGUGCCCCAGACCCUCCCCAUGACCCCACAGGUUUAGGGGGUGACCCCAGGGGUUCAGGGGGUGCCCCAGCCCCCCCCCGUGACCCCACAGAUUUAUGGGGUACCCCAGCUCCCCCCCGUGACCCCACAGAUUUAUGGGGUACCCCAGCUCCCCCCCGUGACCCCACAGAUUUAUGGGGUACCCCAGCUCCCCCCCGUGACCCCACAGAUUUAUGGGGUGCCCCAGCCCCCCCAGAGCCCCCCAGGAGCUGGGGCAGGAGCGGGGCCCCUCGGAGGCCCCAGAGCACAUUCCUACUUUAUAUUUAAAGUCUAUAAAUAGCUAUAAAUAUCUCUAUGACCCCUUUGGAAAAAUCCCUUUUUUUCUAUGGAAUCGUUGCCUUACACUCCCCUCCCCAGACCCCCCCCGUGCAUCAUGAGUGCUUUUUUAAUCUAUUUAAUCCCCUCAUUUCUCUCCCAAAACUCAAUUUCCAACCCCCCAAAAUGGGCAAUUCCUCUCUCCCAAUUUUUAUUUCCGAGCAACGUUGACAUUUCCCCUUUUUUUUAAAUUUUAUUUGCAAUUUUGGGACUCCAUCCUUUCUUUUUUUUUUUUUUUCUCCCCCUUUUUUUCCUAUUUCCCCCCCUUUUUUUCCUAUUUCCCCCUUUUUUUUCCUAUUUUCCCCCUUUUUUUCCCCUAUUUCCCCCCUUUUUUCCCUAUUUCCCCCCCUUUUUUCCUAUUUUCCCCCUUUUCCCCUAUUUUUCCCCCUUUUUAUCUUUUUCUCCCUUUUUUUCUUUUUCCCACCUUUUUGUGUUUUUCCUCUUCCCUCCCCUUUUUUUUUCUUUUCCCCUUUUUUUUCUUCUUUCCCCUUUUUUCCCCUUUUUAAUUUUCCCCCCAUUUUUCUUUCCCCCCUUUUUCCCCCCUUUUUUCCUAUUUUUUCCCUUUUUAUUCUUUUUUCCCCUUCCCCCCUUUUUUUUCCUUUUUUUUUCCUUCUUUCCCUUUUUUCCCCUUUUUUUAUUUUUCCCCUUUUUUCUUCCCCCCGCCCUUUUCCCCCCCUUUUUUCUAUUUUCCCUUUUUAUUCUUUUUUCCUUUUUUUCUUUUCCCCCUUCUUUUUCCCCUUUUUUUCUUUUUUCCCCCUUUUUUCAUUUCCCUUUUUUUUCCUUUUCCCCCCUUUUUUUCUUUCCCCCUUUUUUCCUUCCCCCCCUUUUUUUUUCCUUUCCCACCCUUUUUUCCCCUUUUUUUUCCCAUUUUUCCCCCUUUUCCCCCACGUGUGCAUCCCCUCCGUGUACAGUGUACAUUGUAUCAUAGAUUAUAUUGCUUUGGAGCUUUUAAAUUAAACAAAAUCCACUUUA